AUGGCUUUUUUUAAGAAAUCUAAUUCUGAUUCAGCUGAGAAAUAUUCAGCUAAGAAUAAUAGGAGAAAUGAAAAAUCUUAUACAGUAGCCAAUGGUUCUGAAAGAAACAGAUCAUAUGGCUUUAAUUUUGGAAGAUUUAUUCAAUCGUCUCGUUGUAUUGGAAUUCUAGUUGUUGCUAUUUAUAUGUUAUUACUCAACAUAUCCCCGCUUGAUAAUAGAGUAAUGUCUCAAAUACAAAGAAGGAAUUUAUCUGAAAACAAUGGAAAUGGAUCUUUCAGAGGAGGAAAUUCAGGUAACAACAACGUCCCUUCGGUUGAUUCUAAUUCAGAAGAUGAUAUAUUCGGAGGUUUUGGAGAUAUUGAUUUGAAUGAUGAUGUUUUUCCAGUAGAUCAAAACACUGAAGAAUCAGAUAAAGAAGCAUCUGGUUUAUCAAAUGAAUUACCCAAGAUUAACGAACUAGAAAUGAUAUUUUCCACUGAUCUGACAAGGGAGGAAUUAAAUGAUAUGGUCAAUUCUUUAGAUGACCUACCUUCAAAGAAUGAUAUUAUCAACAUAUGGAAACAUGCAUAUGCAAUUGAAGGACAAGAUUUUUAUGAAUUGAUAAGUAGCUUAUAUAAAUAUUUUGGAGAAUUAAAGGAAAAAUAUCAAGUGGAUAAUAAAUGUGCUGUGGACCAAUGGGGUAAUGUCAUUUCCAUUUUCUACCAUAUAUUAUCAGAAAGAGAGGAAAAUUAUAUUAAAAAGUUUUAUGAAUUAAUUUUAAAAGAUUCUAUAACCAAAACGGAAUUUGUAGAUUUUUUUAAUGUUUGUACAAAAGAGGCUAAGGAAUUAAGAGAAACUUUACAUGACAUGGGAAAAAAUGAGUUAGACGCAGAAAUGAUUCCAAAAAAUUAA